AUGGACGGAGCCUUGACAGACUACUCAUUUUUCCAAGCGGCGAUACCGAACCCCUCGACCGGCAUGAAUAUCUCAAGAGAUCUCUGGAGGAAGGUGCGAGCAAGAAACAAGGAUUUGGAUACAAGCCAAAUGUUAUGGCUGUUCUUGCUGGCUUGCCGUUCAUCACUAUACCCUAUGGUCAAUACCCAUACAAAUCGUCAGUAA